AUGACAGAAAGAGAUUACUCAGAAUUAUCCAACAAAGGCGCAAAUACUUUUGCCUACAGUGAUGAAGAUAUUAAUCGAAUCCUGUCUAGUUUGGAAACUGAGCAACUUAUACCAAUUGAAUCAAUCCCACAGAGCGAUGUGGCAAAAGAAUUACUAAAUCUACAAAAGAAAGAAAUACAUACAAGUCUACAUGUGAGCACAUUAGCGGAAUAUAUCAAGACUAAACGAAUACCGAGGGGUCUGCGCCUCGACAUUAAGCCUAAUUUGUGCGCAGAAGACCAGCUUUUACAACAGCGCUGGCUAGAAAUAUGCAAUAAAUGCAGCAUAGACCUGAUGGUACUUACUGUAGAAAGGCUUACCGUGAAACUGCAUGAAAUCAGAACAUCCAUAACUGCUUCUACUGCGAAACUGACAGAGGAAAGGGGCGCUGAGCAGUGCAACAAAAUCCUCAGCGACCAUAAAGAUAUCCUGGAGAGACUCCGUUCCUCCAUAACUGACAGGAAGCGCGCAAAGUUCAACAGAGACGCCAAGGACUAUCAGGAAGGAAAGGUGUACACGUGGAGAGAGGAGCGGAAGUGGCAGCGCUCCGAACACCAGCAGAGGACCGGACUGCCAGCUCCCUUCAGAAACCAACGCAGAGGUGCAUCACAAAGCGCAUCAUACACCCAGAGAGGUGGCAGGAAAGGAUUUCCGACACAACUACAAGGCGCCUCAGCAUAUUCCACCUCUAGCGGGGAAGACCUACCUUUGUCCUCAGGCUCGGCUCCUUUUUUAGAACAGUGCUCCCCAACACAGGAGGAACAUCGGAAAGACAAACACGGCGCAAAGAAGGCCCCAGACAGAGAGAGUAAUCCGAAAAGGAAUCGCAAGCAGAUCAGGCCUUGAAAUUUUGCCCAUUCAGAAAUAUUUGAGUACUUCUAAUGCACUUUUCACAGGGUUCUUAAUUGGACUACACCUUUUGCACAAUGGACUAUUUACAUGGACUUUAUGGACAUUGUUAUUCGAUUUAAUGCUCACCUUUAGGGGGAGGGUGAUAAUUGGUAAUGAAGAUCACAUUGAGGUCAUUUCCUGUUUGUAUGCUUUAAAAGUUUCAUUGAACAUUCUGUGUAUUACACUUGACAAAGAGCCAGGAGGCUCGAAACAUGUAGUGUGAAACA